UUCGCCGGCCGGCAGUUUGUCAGUGAGAAGUGAGAGAGGGAAAGACGGAGAGAGCUGGGUAACUGUGCUCAGUGAAGUUCUCGUGAAUGACACGGUGACUGUUACAUAUCUGUAGAUAGUGGACAUUGUCGGAGAGGUGGUAGACAUGCCGAACCAUAAGCACCACCGAGGGAAAGUUGUGACCAGGGAUGACGUUCACAACAACAACCAUGCGGAGCAGGGGAAUGUCAACGAUGCUGGCGGGGCCCGUCAGGAGAGACAGGGACAAGCGACCAUGAUACAAUGUUGUGUGCCAGCAGGCUGUGAAGCGCCCGGCGAGUAUGUAGAUGAGUCUGAUCCGGGCGAUGCUGUCAAAGUUUUCUGCAACAAUGAGCAGUGUACGAUGGGCCGUUGGAUGCACAAAAACUGUUUCGAAACUUGGCAACAGAGCGUGCUCGCCUAUCUGCGCUCAUGUGGCCGGGCAAGAAGCUGGAGUGAAAAGCAACGCCUGCAAAAUCUGUGGACCAAGAAAGGCUAUGAUCUGGCAUUCAAAGCCUGCGACUGUAAGUGUGGACGGGGCCAUCUGCGUAAAGAUCUGGACUACUUCCCCAAACCCAAACCAGUUGACAACAACAACCGGGCCAAAAAGCGCAAUAAGAAGAAAAACGACAAGCCGAUGGCGGUGUUGACGACUACGAGCAAAGGCACUCAAAACCACAACCACGUAACCCAUCAGGCCUCCUCCCCGCCCAUUCAAAACAAUCCAGGUAACUCUAACUUCAACAACAACAACAACCUCAAUUUGAAUGUUAAUCCAGUCAAUCCGGUGAUUAUUCAUCGUCCAGAGCUCAGAAAUCGGACCAGUAGUUUCUCCAGUACCGGAAGUAGUCCCCCAAACUCGGCGGGGUCCGGCUCGCCAACCCCCAUGUCACCGACAGGGGGCGUGAGCCUGAAGAAAGGGUUCCAGUUUGAGUUCUUCUGUGCAGAUAGCGGACCCGUCAUUACAGGCAGCAUAUUUAAACGUCGUAGUGACUUCACAGCGUUCAGCAUAUUGCCUCGCCACAAACAAAAUCCGUACCACAUAAAGAUGGAAGACGAAGGGCCCCAUGGUAACGACGACACACGCUGUUUCGUGCUUUCCAACUUGAGCUCCUACAAAGUAACCACCAUCGAGUGCGUCCUGUGCAAAGUUGAGCUGCCGGUGUUCGAUCGGUACCCGCUGUUGGAUGGAACUUUCUUCCUGUCACCUCAACCUUACUCCGACGGUGUCGUCCAGGUGCUGGCCGACGGCAGAGUCCAGUACCUGAACGCCGUUUGCGUCAGCUGCUUGGAGGGCGCCACCGACGUCAGGUGCUACGCCUGCAAAUCCAAAUGGGACGGCAGCGCAUUGUUGCUUGGGACCAUGUACUCCUACGACAUCUUCGCCGCCAUGCCGUGUUGCCAGAAACGCUUGACGUGCAAGACUUGCCGACGUGCUGUCGUUGACGUCAACGCGGGUUUGCCGUUCUACAGCGAGUACAGCCGGUGUAUAGAAUGCCCCUACUGUAAGAGGAAAGAUACUCAUUUCAUCAGGCCCUUGUCGGAAACCUUCCACGUUCGGCAGUCUAUAUGGAAGUAAUAUGUAACUCAUCCUUAGCCUAUGUUGAAAUAUAGCCUAUAUGCUACUGCGUUUUGUACCAUACACUAUGGAUAUGACCAUAUUCUACGUAUUCUAUUUACAUCAGGUUCUUUAGUGUGAUAUAUAUUUUAAUCUAUUUUGCCUGGAUCUUGGAGCCGUUUUCUCCCGCUCGGAGACCAUUUUUUGUAGACCAUGCUCCUCGGCGCAGUGUUUAUACCUCUUGGGAACAUUAGCAGUGAUAAUAUUCGAUCUUGGGACUUCUUACCCGGAGUUGUGACGCCAUGAAUGCUAUGACGUCGUGAAUGGAUACUAAGCUCACGGUGGUUUGUGAAUUUACAAUUCAUUACAUUUUAUGUAAACUUUGAGAGAUGAGUGUUUUUUCUUUUCUUUUUUUUUUUCCUAACGUAACUUAUAACAGUUGGCCAGAUUAAUGUUCGGAUAUCUUAGAGGGCAUUUUGGUACAGGUGUUAUACUCACCAUGAAAGAUUAAAUGUUACGCACGGAAAAGUGCAAGGAUUAUAAUUACGGUAUCGGCACUGAUUAUAUACAUAUGACAUCUGCGACGAUUUCCCCACUAAGUAACUUAUCUGGUAUACCCAUGUGCAAGCUGCAUUAUAGUAAAACGCACCAAAUUUUGCCUUAGUUUGAAUAAUUGUUUGCUUGAAUAUGUGGAGGGAUUCCAUAUUAUUUCUAGGUUGAAGGUUUAUGAAAAAAAUCUUAAAUAUUAUUGUUAUAAUUCCGGUUGUUAAAGCACGGUAUGUUGCAGAAUUAGUUGUGUUUUUUUUUUUUUUGUAAUUGUCAUCACGUGUACAGUAGCGUCAGUUCAAGAAUUUACUUCUAUAUUCAUUUGUUUUCUGGGAGUCGUACUUUUCGUACGAGCAUUUUCAUGCCUGCUUUAUAUGGGAUUACUGUUGCGAGUUGUUGUUACAGGUGUUAUUACUUACAAUUCCAUCGGAUAACUUCUUGGGAUCAAUAUGACUGUGUAUUCUGUGUGGGAGUCACGUGACCUGAGCUGAAAGUUGUUGACGUUCUGAGCUCUGCAGUGUAACAUUGCAUUAGAGGAGUGUCGCUGUGCAUCAUACGUAUUGAGUAUGUGUUCUGGAAUCCGUUCAUAUUGCAUGCGGAGAAAUCAUGCUCAGUGACAGAAGGACUUGUAACAGGAAAAGCUUUCGUCGUGCGGAAAGUUGUGGAUGUACAAAUGUUAACCUAGGCUAAAAGGGUUAAAGAAUAAAACCAGAAUGCCAGAGCAAAUAUUUACGCACAAGUUAUUUUGAAGGAGAUUUUUUUUCUGGCAUUCCGCGAGGAUACGCCAGGCCAGAACUAAAGCGUGAUGCAAGAAAGCUGGGGUUGUAAAACAAAAUGUAAAUAAAUGAUUGUUUCUUUAUUUGGAUACUGCUGCUGAUUCAGAGCCGCAUUUCGUAUCCAUGUUUUUGCAAUAGAACGGAAUUAUUUUUAUUUGUUGACCUGUAGGACUACCUGCGUGGCGGACUUCGUCAUGAUAAGCUUGUCAAAACACUGAACUAAUUGAUGUACUGUGGCAUAUGUAUGUACAGUUAUGUACAAAUAUCACAACAGUGGUGUUCGUCAAGGGUCAAGUCUCCCAUCCUUUAUAUUUUAACAAUUCCAAGUGCCAUAUAGGUCUUAGCCCUAAGCUUAUUCUGCACUUUAAACGUUUUGAUCUAUGUUUUCCCUGAAGGCGUACAUAGACCAUAGUGCUACAUUGUUACAACAGGUACAAUCCUCGUUACGAGGCAAUUUUGGUUAAACUCACGUCAUGAUAAUGUUCUAGCUUUUUUUUUUGGCAAGACAAUUGCGAAAAGGCAUGUGUGUUAUUACAUGAACUCUGUCCAUUCUCUCGAUAUAAUGUGCAAUGUUUUGUGAAUGUAUCGUGAACUGAUGAUGAUAAUUUAAUGUUAUGUAUAAAAUGAUUGGUGAUAGGUCACAAUGCUGAUUUUGUUCUUUGAACUUGAAAAGUGAAAGCCAGUCCGGUCUUCAAGCGCACAAGAUAUUACACUGGCCAAGUAUAUGUUUUGGUAUUUUCAUGAAAGAAGGGAAAAAAGCAAAGCUACAUUAUUUCCAUCUGUCUCGCAUAGAUGUUUAUUAAUAAAGUAUUCUUUCUAAAAAUUUAA